AUUGUGUGCCGGUCUCUCUCUUCGCAAUCACACACGUGAAGUUCGCAGAACUGUUUUGGAAAAGAGGCGAUAAAUUCGGGAAAAAUGCUGUCCGCUGCCCGUGUGCUCAGCCGAAAGGUCGCCGACUGCACGAGAUACGGCCUGGAUGUCGGAGCCAAAAGAAAUUUCAGUCAUCUAAGGAGCAACGCCACCACGCAAAUAUACCACCCGAAACAUGACAUCCAAGCACGUUUCAAGUCGGAAGGCGUUAAGGGGGCAGUCAUCGGUAUUGAUUUGGGUACAACAAAUUCCUGUGUGGCCGUCAUGGAAGGCAAACAAGCGAAAGUCAUUGAAAACUCGGAGGGCUCUCGCACCACCCCAUCCAUUGUGGCAUUCAGCAAAGAUGGUGAGAGGUUAGUGGGCAUGCCGGCCAAGCGACAGGCAGUCACCAACUCCGCCAACACAUUCUACGCCACAAAACGUCUCAUUGGGCGUCGUUUCGACGAUGCUGAGGUCAAGAAAGACAUGAACAAUGUCUCCUACAAAAUAGUCAAGGCCACUAACGGAGAUGCCUGGGUGCAGGGUACUGAUGGCAAAAUGUACUCCCCCAGUCAAAUUGGAGCCUUCGUGCUGGUCAAAAUGAAGGAGACAGCUGAGGCAUAUUUGAACACCAAAGUUAAGAAUGCUGUCGUAACCGUGCCAGCUUACUUUAACGACUCACAACGUCAGGCCACCAAGGAUGCCGGACAGAUUUCUGGCUUGAAUGUUUUGAGAGUCAUCAACGAGCCGACCGCCGCCGCUUUAGCCUACGGAAUGGACAAAACCGAAGAUAAAAUCAUUGCUGUGUACGAUCUGGGCGGCGGUACCUUCGACAUAUCCAUCCUCGAAAUCCAGAAGGGCGUGUUCGAGGUGAAAUCGACGAACGGCGACACGUUCCUCGGCGGCGAGGACUUCGACAACGUGCUCGUCAACCACCUGGUGUCCGAGUUCAAGAAGGAGCAGGGCAUCGACGUGACCAAGGACCCGAUGGCCAUGCAGCGACUGAAGGAGGCGGCCGAAAAGGCCAAGAUCGAACUGUCCUCGUCCCUGCAGACCGACGUCAACCUGCCCUAUCUGACGAUGGACGCCUCUGGUCCCAAGCACAUGAACCUGAAGCUGAGCCGUGCCCAGUUUGAAGCUCUGGUCGGUGAUCUGAUCAAGAGGACCAUCGCACCGUGCCAGAAGGCGCUGAAGGAUGCGGAAACGCAGAAGGCCGAUGUGGGAGAGGUGUUGCUGGUUGGUGGUAUGACCAGGAUGCCCAAGGUGCAAUCUACCGUGCAGGAAAUCUUCGGCAAGCAACCUAGCAGGGCCGUCAACCCCGAUGAGGCUGUGGCUGUCGGUGCUGCCGUGCAGGGUGGAGUAUUGGCCGGCGACGUGACGGACGUGCUCCUCCUCGACGUAACUCCCCUGUCCCUCGGUAUCGAAACGUUGGGCGGCGUCUUCACCAGGUUGAUCAACAGGAACACGACCAUCCCCACGAAGAAGAGCCAGGUGUUCUCCACGGCGGCCGACGGUCAGACCCAGGUCGAAAUCAAGGUCCACCAGGGCGAACGUGAAAUGGCCAGCGACAACAAGAUGCUCGGCCAGUUCUCGCUGGUCGGCAUCCCGCCAGCGCCCCGUGGCGUCCCCCAAAUUGAAGUCACCUUCGAUAUUGAUGCCAACGGUAUCGUCCACGUGUCCGCCAGAGAUAAGGGCACUGGAAAGGAGCAACAAAUCGUGAUCCAGUCCAGCGGCGGUCUCAGCAAGGACGAGAUCGAGAACAUGGUACGCAACGCCGAACAGUACGCACAAGCCGACAAGGUGAAGAAGGACCGCGUCGAGGCCGUCAAUCAGGCGGAGGGCAUCGUCCACGACACCGAAACCAAAAUGGAGGAGUACAAGGAUCAGCUGCCGAAGGAGGAGUGCGACAAGAUGAAGGAGGAGAUCGCCAAGGUGCGGGAGAUGCUCGCCAAGAAGGACGACGUAGACCCGGAGGAGAUUCGCAAGGUCACCAGCACGUUACAACAGUCUUCACUUAAAUUGUUCGAAAUGGCAUACAAAAAGAUGGCAUCCGAACGUGAAAGCAGUAGUGGACAGUCAGGAGAACAACAGCAACAGCAACAGGAAAAGAAAGAAGAGAAGAACUAAAUUAUGUUCCAUGUUGUUCAUGCAAACAUUCUAGUAUAAUAUACAUACAUAAUUAUAUGUGAUGAUAAUGUUGAUUUGUGAGAGGCAUUAAGUUUAUAAUUUAUAUUGUCUCAUAUGACGAAUUGUACAAUUUUCCUAUUAAAACGAGCAUUAUUUUGUAUUUA